AUGGAUAUCACACAAUUAUUGAGUAAGAGCGCCAAAAAAGCAGAAAACGGUUCUGUAGCAGAGCCAAAAACACUGCCGUCAAUAAAGAAACCGAAUGGGGGCCGCUGUAAGGUCACAGGCUCCCAUUUGGUCAGUUGUCUUCCGCCAAAAGACGACUUCAAGGCUUUCUUCGAAGAACAUCUUCAAAAUGACAACAAGAAAAUCAAAGUGGCAGCUUUCGACAUGGAUGACACAUUAAUAUGUACUCGGUCCGGGAUCAAAUUUGGCCGUGGGCCUCAUGACUGGAAGUUUCGGACAGAUACAAUUCUCCCAGUGCUACAACAGAAAAUUGCAGUCGAGCGGUAUUUGAUGGUGAUCUUCACCAAUCAGGGAAGCAUAUCUGUGUCUGAGAAUCUGACACAGACGUCAAAAUCGUAUCGCAACUUCACUAUCAAGAUCACUCAGAUUCUCACGGCACUAGAUACGACGUUGAAAGGAGCACCCGUGUUGGUUUUCGCGGCAUCAGGACGUCCUGGCCGCUCACACACAAUGAGAAGUGGCGAAGAGGAGCAUUUUCAUACCCGGAAGCCGCAAACAGGGAUGUGGGAGGCUCUAGAGACGUAUUUGAGAGGCGCGCUAGGUGACGAGUACGAGGUCGAUAUGGAAAAGAGUUUGUAUGUUGGAGAUGCUGCUGGUCGUGAAGGCGAUCAUCUGGCUGACGACCGGAACUUUGCAAAGAAUGUGGGCCUCUACUAUGAGGUGCCAGAGGACUUCUUCCUGGAGUAG